AUGAGUGCUAACCUUAAGCCACCAAAGCCACUCAUUCAAACUCCUCGACCACAAAAGAGUUGUGAUGAAGAUGAAUUCUCCGGUCUAAUCACGGUGGUUAAGCAGGAGCACAACAAGGAAGGAACGGCGUCAACCCUUUCGCCCUCACUGAUAAACAGUGACACUACAACUUCCAAACCAAGAACUGGUGUGAUUCGUGGACAGAUGAGCUGA